AUGCUAGCCGACGCGUUGGGGGACGAGCCGUACGACUCGAGCGUUCGCCUCACCGCCGUCGAGGCGUGCUAUCAGAGCCUAAGUGACAUUCGCAACAAGCUCAAUGCUGCGCUGGACAAGAUGAAGAGCAAUAGCGGGAGGCAGCGGCUCGUAGAAAAGGUCAAAUUUGUGUUUUCUACUGACGAGAUGACGGAAUUAUUGGUAAAUCUGUCUCGGCACCAAGAUACCUUCCAACUCGCCAUCGCGGCGGAUUCUAUGAGCGGCAUCAUCCAGUGCCUCAGCCGAGGCGAAGGGGUAAAGCAGCAGGUGGAAGAGGUUGCGACUGACGUCAAACGCGUACUCGACAUUUGUGUGAGGGUCGACAUGAGUACUCGAAAGAAGAACAUUAUCGAAUUCUUCAUGAAAGAGAGCCCUGGCCAGGCGUUCCAGACAAGUUUAAAGCUCCGUCACCCACUCACCGGGCUAUGGAUCCAGCGAUGCCCCGAAUAUCAGUGCUGGCUCAAAGGCUCGACAACCAGCCUGUGGCUCGCGGGAAUGAUGGGCGCAGGGAAAACGGUGCUGGUGGGAACCGUGAUCGAGGAUGCCCUCCAGCUCAGCAGCGAUCGUGUAGCAGUAUCAUACUUUUACUGCGAUUACAAAAGCCUGCGACGCGGCUAG